AUGAUAGCCUGGAGCUAUGAGGAGCCACCCCUCGGGCUGAGCUGGUGUGGCACCCUCAGAGUCCUGGUGGGCAAGAGGCUGAGCUCCUUGAGGGUAGGAACAGGCCGGAUCCGUUUUGAGUGCCCCGUGUUUGGUGUGGUGCAGACGCUUACCGAAAGCGCGGGAAGGAAGACCGAAAGGAAGGAUGGAGAGGGAGCAUCUCUUCCCCCUGCAGUCACUGGCCGGCAGGCCAAGGAUGCGGGAAGGUAUGAUUUAAGUCUGGAUGAAACGGGAGCUUUGACAUUUCAGAGAGUGCAGUUUGUCAUGGGUCUACCUCUGUUAAAACGUGCAAUUCAGGAACAGAAAGCUACAAGAGGGGAAAACCUAGCAGAGAACACAAAGAAUUUUGUCAGUCGGAGCCUGGCCAUAGGAGAAGUCCUCUCCAUGGCGGACAUGGCCACAGGAGUAAAGCGUGGAAUAAUUUACUGGCUAUUUGGUGGCACAGUCGGGAACCUUGGAAGCCCGGGACAUGUGACUGAGUGGCUUCAGCCACUCCAAGGGCGGAAAUACACUGGGAUGUUCGCAGUGACCGAGAGGGGCCGCGGGAGCGACGUGAGAGGGAUCCAGACCCAAGCCACCUUUGACCUCUCUGCGCAGGUCGGGCCCCACUGUUGCAUUGUUCCUGUCCGCGAUGAAAACGGAAGCUUGUACCCAGGAGUGACGGCCGUUGAUAUGAUGUACAAAGAAGGCCUGUGUGGUGUGGAUAAUGGGAUUUUAAUAUUCAACGAGGUUCGGAUUCCAAGGGAGAACCUUCUGGAUAAGUUUGGCUCUGUGGCUCCAGAUGGGCGGUCCCCUUCCCCUAUUAAGAACAAGAGUGCAAGAUUCAACGGGAUGCUGGCAGCGCUGACCCCUUCAAGGUUAGCUGUGACUUUCCAAGCUAUGGGUGCCACGAAGCUUGGGCUGACGAUAGCCAUCCGCUAUAGUCACAGCAGGAGGCAGUUUGGGCCUAAAGCCAAGAAAGAAGUCAAGAUCAUUGAGCACCAAACACAGACCCUUCGGCUGAUGCCUCACCUGGCCACAGCCUUGGCCUUGACCUUCGCCAGCAGGUCUGCCGGGGGCCUCCUGGACAAGGACGUCUUCCGUGGGAAGGAGCUCGUGGACAGUCGCCCCUUGCAGGCUCUGGUGGCGGGGCUGAAGGCCUACAGUACGUGGGAGAACGUUAGCUGCCUGCAGGACUGCCCCGAGUGCACAGGAGGCAUGGUUGUGGUGCGGGAACUGCUGGCUCGAUAUACCAAACAGCAUCAAGAGAAGCCACUCUCCCCCUUCUUCCGAGACUGGGCUGAGUCUGAGAGUGACAAGCUGAGAACCAGUUUCUUGGCAUUUGAUGUGGACACAGUCGGUAAUCUCGCCUUUCUGUUGAAAGCAGUGAAUUUUCGUGAAAGGGCUCUUCGCCGGAGUUUGGUGGCCAGAAUUCAUUACAAGGUGACGAGCAUGAAGGAGGACUUGUUCAGUGCCUGGAACUCGUGUCUUCGUCAUGUUGCCUCCCUGUCUCUGGCGCGCAUUCAGAGAGUUACUCUAGAGCAGUUCUGGCUGGCAGUGAGGAGCUGUCCUGAGCAAGAGGACCAGGCUUUGUUAAUGAAGUUUUGUCUGUUAUAUGGAACCAAGCUGGUGUUUCAGGAGCGAGCCUGGUAUCUAGAACAUAAAUAUUUGACUCCCACGGCCAGCACGAGGAUUAGGAGUCAGUUACUGGAUUUGUGCGACUCGGUGAAGGAUGAUGCCCUGAGGGUGAUCUCCGCCUUUAACAUUCCACACACCUCCCUCCACGCACCAAUCGCCGGAAUCACCAAUGCGCAGGCGGCCUGGCCCUUCUACCCUGCACCGCCACAACCCCAGGCCCGAGAAGGGGCGCGCUCUCAGCGGCCCAAGCUGGGAGCCAAGUUAUAG